AUAUGAAAAUAUGGUUUGUGACACACACGCCUAGUUUAGUUUUGUCCGCGUGCACCUCAAACAUCUUAGACUUUGGUCUGGAACUAAAAAGUGUUAUGUUUUGAUGUUGGAAUCAUUUCGUGUGAAACUUUAAAUCUAAAUGAAUCAAAAUGAAAAGUUCCGAACGAAAGUGUGUGUGCAUGUCUCCUAUUAAUAAAAAACUUGAAUUAAAUGAAAAUUUCUUUCACCGCAAGAAACUUCUCAAGGUCGUCAUUCUGUUCUUUUCCUCCAUGCGUUCAGUUGGCGUCUUGGUCUGGCCCUGGUCACAAGUGUUUCCUCUCAGAUUUUGAAAUUAAAUUAAGUGUUAUUCGAUUUAAUGAAGAUUUACUUAAGUUUAUCAUUUUACUGCCACGGAACUUAACCAACAAGGAACGCCGGUGGGUUUCUUCAAGGUUUAAAAGCCCCAACUGCACAUCCGCACGAGCCAGGCAACUUGAAUUUUUCGAUGGUGAAAGGAAAUGCGUAAUCGCUGGGAUUGAAGACCAAAAAACGGUGGAAGAUGUUCUUCUGGAUGCAUUUGGAAUCGUAGCAGGACGGGACCAGUGGGCAGACAGUGCCAACAACCACGUCACAUUCCUCAACUCGAGCCGUCUGGGUGUAUUUGAUGCCGUAGGACUCUACUCCAUUGACGAUGGUCCGCCACUUGCCUUCGACGUUAAUGGCCCGAAGAGGACGGACGUACUCGGUGGAGCUCGGACAAAGCUAUGUUUGGCUGCCGUAUUGGUUGGAGCUGUUGCUGUGCCGGAGCCGGAUGCUGAUCCCCAAACUUAUUCAAAAUCUGCCUACCCAACAGUUCCGUCCGAUAACUGCAACCCUCGCAAGGCACCAAAGUGUUCGGAAAACAGCACUGAAACUUUCUGUCUCACAGACGCUGAAUACCCCGAAAAAGAAAUCAGGAGUGCCAUCAAGUACGACCCGUUGGUGCUGCAGAGGUACUAUGAUAUUGCCAAACAAUCGGCCGACAACUUGGUCGAUGGACUGACAUCUUUAUCGGAGAAACAUUACGACUACUCCAACUACACGGGCAAGACUUUCGAGAAGGCCAACUGGAUUGGCGAGGAGGGAUACAUUUGCCCCAGCAAUGUCCAUUACGCCCGUCCUCUGCGCGCUCUGAACGUUGACGGUGAAUGGCGUGCCAUCAUUCAAGAUAUUGCCUGGCCGGGAUACACGCAGACCCAGCGUGUCGAGAUUUGCUUGUUCUCCGGCUCCUCUUGCCGCACUUUGGCUCCUUGCUAUGGUAGCAAAUGCUUGCAAAAGUACGUCUACCAGCGCAUGUUGUCCUUCGAUCCUUGCGAUGCCAAAAAGGGAAUUUUCAUUGACCUUUACAAACUGCCAUCGGCUUGCUCUUGCCACAUUCCCGGUAAACUUCAUUGAACCAACGAUCCCUUAUAGAUAAUAUUAAUCUUUCCUUUAAUUAGCUUACAAUUUUUCUCACAAGUAACGAAAAGCAGCUACGUCUUUUAUUUACUUGAUAAUUACCUUCUUUGUAUUAUAAGGUGAAAAUGAAAAUUUGUUCAUUGAAUAAUGACGUGUCUUGUCAACGUAUCGAACUGGUAAAAGAGAAAUUAAUAAAGCGUUAACUCACGAUGACGUCAGCCGAUAUUCGGCCACAUUUUCCUCAAUUAUCGAUGCUGCCCCGGGUGCAGCCGUUUGGUGUAGGAAGUUGGUAUACAUACUUAUUCUUUUUAAAAUGAUAUACAGCUUGGCAAGUGUUUAAAUUUACCGUUAUCACUCUGCUCCUUAUUACGCGGACGGGAAACUACCUCACCGGUAGUCAACUUAAAUUCUACCUGUUUUUCAGUUAGUAGUUGAUAAGCUGGUUAUUUCGAUUUCAUGCAAAAAAUUUUAUUGGCAGAAACCCAGCUAACUAUUUAAAAUUCCGUGCAUAAUUUUGGUAUAAUCGAACCAGUUCAAUCAUUCGUAUAUAAGGAUAAAUCUCCUAACUCAUGAUUCGUGAAUAACUGCUUUUUUCCCAAAGUAGGCUACCGGCUAUCUUGAGCUAAUUUUGGCAAGCGACGCUAAAAUUUCAUUUCUGGUAGAAAAAGACUCAGAGGAAGAGGGAGAAAAAAAAGGUUGAAAGACUACGUCUUUAAGUGUCAUAGAAGAAGCGAGUUUCGCUGUUGUU